CUAGCUAGCUUUCUUAAUAUCUCACUUUAGAUAUCAUCGAGAAAGAGAAAGAGAGAUAGAGAGAUAAAUGGUGAAGGCACGUACCGUGGGUGUGGGAAUGGACUAUUCUCCGACGAGCAAAUCGGCUCUUCGGUGGACGGCGGAGAAUCUCCUUGACGAUGGAGACACCAUCAUCUUGAUUCAUGUUCAACCCCAAAACGCUGAGCACACCCGCAAAAUCCUCUUUGAGGAAACCGGUUCACCGUUGAUUCCUCUGGAGGAAUUUAGAGAGGUUAAUUUCUCUAAACAGUAUGGACUUGCUUAUGAUCCGGAGGUUCUUGAUGUUCUUGAUACUCUCUCUAGGGCAAAGAAGGUGAAGGUGGUGGCAAAAGUGUAUUGGGGAGAUCCAAGAGAGAAACUUUGCGAUGCCGUCGAAAAUCUAAAACUCGAUUCCAUUAUUCUUGGCAGUCGAGGCUUGGGUCCUCUCAAAAGGAUGUUGCUGGGUAGUGUGAGCAACCAUGUGGUGACAAAUGCAACAUGUCCAGUCACGGUUGUUAAAGCCAAUUAAAGUCUAUUGUUCUUUAAAAUUUGGAAACAGCGUGUGGAAUGUGUGCACUGGUUUCGACUUGUAUGUUGUAUCCAUACAUUAGUCUUUCAAUAAACUAAAGCUAAAUGAAAUCUGUAGUUAUCAA